AUGGCGACUGGGCCAGGAUCGGCGGCAGCUGGUGACAAGCUGAACGCAGACCCCUGGGCCGAGUCCGCUGCGAGUCUGCCCAACCGCAAGGACGGGGCCGCCCAGCUUCCAGCACACAUCCGCAAAGAGCCUGAGGAAGCCAUGGCGGCGCAGAUCAAGACGGCCUCCGACAAUUUCGAGACUACAGCGAAGAAAGUCACGGACGAGGCACGCAACUCCUUUUUGCAAUCAAUCACGAACAUCACUGCCAACUUGUCGACGCGCCAGGGCGCCAACGAGCACGACCUUCUGGUCUUGCAGCAGUGA